AUGGGGAAGAAUAAGAGUUGGUCAAUCACAGAGAAAGGUUUUUCCUCUAAUGGCAUGGACGUUUUAGCCUAUGUCUGUGCUUAUGCUCUCGACCGAGAACUGCAUUACAAGAAUAAAGAACCCUACCAAGUUCCGUACUUGGUUGAUUCUCUGAAAUACACAGAUCCUGUUCUCAAUAUUCCUAAGAAAAUGCGAAACUCCGAUGGCCGGCGCCGCCGCCGUUCCCCACUGAAACAACCACAACAUGAUCGGCAAGAUCAGACGUUGGCCAUGAUCACCACCGAUGAUCAUCGCGAUCUCUCAGUCUCAGAUCUUCAGUCCAAGAAACGCCUUCGUUUUGACGAUUUUCAUGUUCAUGAAGAUUAUCAGAAAUCAAGAAUAUUAUCAGAACAGCGCUGUCUCGAAGUUGGUGAAGAUUAUUACGAGGGAAAAAGACGGAUGACCAAGAAGUCCGCCAAGUGCAAUGCUUCUGGAUUGAAACGCCGUCGUUCGAAAGUUGAGGAAGAUUACGAGGAAAAGGUACAGAGCAUGAACUGCGACACUAGUACUGGCCGCAUUUGUCUUGAGUACUUCUCCCUUCUUCCGCUGAAGAAACUCCGUCUUUUCGACGAAGAAGAUGAUCAUGAUAAUCGGAAAAUCAUACAGAGCAGCAAUGAUGCUAAAAACGAAAAGAAAAAGAAGGCGAAGAAGACGACCAAUAAUGAUCAGAGGAGGAGCAACAUUAUUAAUGGUUCUUCGAAAAGAAAAAAGGUGAUAGUGGCUGGACCAAACCCGGCACCAGAGAUCUCAACCGCUUUGAAGGAGAAGAUUGUUAGAGAAUUCGGUGAAUAUUCGGAUUUCAGGCUUCUUAUUCAGAAGAGUCUUUACAAGACUGAUCUGACGCCGGGUAACAACCGGCUUUCGAUACCGCUCGGUAGUAUCGCCGGGGACGAUUUCCUGACAGACGAGGAGAAGAGGAAAUUGGAGAGCAGAAAGGAGGAUGACAGCAAACAUUUAGAGGGCAUACAAAUUGAUUUUUUUGAGCCAAAUUUGGAGUUUAAAAAGUCGAAUAUGACGUUGAAAAAAUGGGACUACGCUAGUUCAAGUUCCUACAUGUUGUCGGGGCAUUGGAACAACGUUGUUGAAAGGAAUGGGCUCAAGGAGGAAGAUAUUGUGCAGAUUUGGUUCUUCAGAAGAAGAGAGGGAAACAAUCCGUCCAUCGCACUCGUCAAUCUCUCCCAGCGAAACGUUUCUUCAUCUUCUUUUUCUUCUACUACUGAGCCAAGAAGCGAUCUUACUGAGUAA